AUGGCACAUGGAAUCAAAUUCAUAGUGUGGACAAUUCUGUCAUGCUUACUAACUGUUGAACUCUCCGUCGAUGGAUAUCAAUACCCAACAUUCUUUAGAGAAGCCAGAUCUAGGCGGAAGCGGUCAUACAGACAAAACCCUAUUAUUGACCUGCUGAUGCAGUCAGUCAACCCCAACUAUGACCCGAAGGACCCCAUGGACCUCUUUGAUUUUCUCAGAGACCAAUACCCAUUACCGAAUGGUCUAAAACAGCCACUAACCCAAUACGACUACAUAAUCGUCGGCGCGGGUUCGGCCGGGUGCGCGCUGGCGGCCCGUUUGACGGAGGACCCCGGGGUCACGGUCCUGAUGCUGGAGGCAGGGAAACCGGAGAUGUUCACCACGGAUGUGCCUGCGAUCGCGUCGUACUUCCAGAGGACAGAUUACACGUGGCAGUAUUAUAUGGAUAAGGAGCCUGGUGUUUGCAUGGGAAUGAGAAACGAAAAGUGCUUUUGGCCGAGAGGAAAAGCAGUAGGAGGAACCAGUGUUAUUAACUACAUGAUAUACACGCGUGGCCGGCCCGAGGAGUGGGACCGCAUAGCAGCUGAUGGAAACGUUGGAUGGUCGUACAAUGAAGUAUUAGAAUAUUACAAGAAAUCCGAGCGAUCGAACUUAAGAGGGUUAGAAGAUUCUCCAUACCGAGGAACAAAGGGUGAAAUGAACGUAGAAUUCACACAAUUCAGAACACCAUUAAUUGAGGCGUUUUUGGAAGCUGGGCGACAAUUGGGUCACCCCACAGUCGAUUACAAUUCUCCUGAACAGCUUGGGUUUGGAUAUGUUCAAAGUACCACGUUAAAUGGAAAGAGAGUAAGCGCUGCUAAAGCUUUCCUGCACGGAAUUAAGAAUAGGCCUAAUCUCCAUAUACUACCAAAGACCCGGGUAACUAAAGUUUUAAUUGACAGUACGACGAAGACGGCCCAUGGAGUACAGUAUGUCAGGAAUCGUGUAAAAAGAAAUGUAGCUGCGAGGAAAGAAGUCAUUUUAUCUGCCGGUCCUAUAGCAUCGCCACAACUACUUAUGUUGUCUGGAAUAGGGCCUAAAGGUCACUUGAGUAACCACGGAAUUCCUGUCAUUCAAGACCUGCCGGUCGGACGUAUGCUUUUCGAUCACAUCAGUUUUCCAGGAGUAGUAUACACUUUAAAUACUACAGGACUUAGUUUGAGCGAGUCUCGAUUGGUACAACUUCCGCAGAGUAUUCAAACUGUCGCUCAAUGGCUUCAAUACGGAGAUGGUCCGCCGGCGAGUCCCGGUGCCGUGGAAGGAAUCGGAUAUAUCAAAACUCCUGUAUCCAAUGACCCUGCGAAUGUCCCAGAUAUAGAGUUAAUAAGUAUUGCCGGGUCAUUAGUGUCAGAUGGGGGACCAGAUGGAAGCAAAGCGGUGAGACGAGGAAUGAUGAUAUCUGAGAAAGUUUUUGAUGCCGCAUUCGGAUCGAUCGAUAAUACGGAAACGUGGAGUGCGUUUCUGGUGUUGUUGCAUCCUAAAUCGUUUGGUUUUCUUGAGUUGAAGGACAACAAUCCAUGGAGCUAUCCACGAAUGCGGGGGAACUAUCUAUCAGACGCGUAUGGGCAAGACGUAGCAACGUUCGUGGCAGCGGUGCGGCACGUGCAGGCGCUGGCGGCUACAGCUCCCUUCCAGCGGUUUGGCGCCAAGCUACACCGCGCGCAGUACCCGGCCUGCCGCGAGCUACCCUUUGACUCUGACGCCUACUGGGAGUGUGCGGUGCGAACGCUCACAACCACGCUACACCACCAGAUCGCCACGUGCCGCAUGGGUCCCCCCAGUGACCCUCGGGCCGUCGUCGAUCCAAGGUUGCGGGUGUACGGCGUGCGCAACUUACGCGUCGUCGACUCCAGCGUCAUCCCCCGCACAGUGUCGGUCCACACAAAUGCACCCGCUAUCAUGAUCGGUGAAAAAGCGGCUGAUAUGAUAAAAGAAGACGCAAAACAAUUAAAUCCUGAGAGAUCGUGAA